UUUGUUCAGAGCUGGCAGGUCUCGCCCUGUUCGCCGCCGGUUGAACCUCGUUUCGCUUCUCCACGCCACACCGGCAGUUCAUCGCCGCGCCACCUCCUCCCCUUCGCCGGCGCUUCCACCUCAAAAAAUGUCUGCACUCCGGCGUCUCGCGACGGCGCGAGCACGCCGCCGCCUCUCCUCCUCCGCCGCCGCCGCCGCAUCCCCGCCCACCAACGAACCGUCCGCCGCCUCCGUCCUCGACGACCUCCUCUCCUCACCCACCCCUUCCACCUCCGCCCUAUCCCUCCUCCGCGACACGCCCUCCCUCGCCGGGGAGCUCUACUCGCUUCUCGCCGCGCCCUCCCACGCCCUCACCGCCGCCUCCCUCGCGCUCCUCCUCUCCCUCCCUUCACGCCACCGCCUCCCACCCACCUCCGCGCCCGUCCUCGCCGCGCUCCUAUCCAAGCUCCUCGCGCGCCCUCCCGCCGACGCCGCUCGCUUCCUCCGCGACUCCCUCGCCGCCGGCGCCCCGCCGCCGGACACCUCCGCGUUCAACGCCCUCUUCGCCGCGCUCGCCCGGGCAGGAGACCUCCCGGGGAUCACCAGCCUCUUCGCCUCCAUGCGGGAUGCUGCCGUCCGGCCCAACGUCGUCACCUUCGGCAUACUCGUCAACGCCCUCUGCAAAGCUGGCCGCGUGGGGGACGCCCUCAGGGUGCUCGACGGAAUGUCUGGCCCAGCCUCAGACGUGCGCCCGGACGUUGUCAUGCUGAACACCAUCGUGGACGGCUUGUGCAGGAGCGGGAGGGUCCAGGACGCAGUGAAAUUCGUGGAGGAACGGAUGAGGAGCGUGCACCGGUGCGCGCCCAACACCGUCACUUACAACUGCUUGGCGGAUGCGUUUUGCCGUGCAGGAAACGUUGGCAUGGCGUGUGAUCUCGUCGAAAGGAUGGAGAAGGAGGGUGUGGCGCCGAAUGUCGUCACUCUGAACACGAUUGUGGGCGGUCUGUGCCGGGUAGGGAAGAUUGGGGGUGCGCUGGAGUUCUUCAAGGAGAAAAGAACAGUCUGGCCUGAUGCCAAGGGCAAUAGGGUGACCUACAGCACUCUGGUUGGGGCUUUACUCCAUGCCAACAAUGUGGGUAUGGCCAUGGAGUUGUUCCAUCAGAUGGCAGAUGAAGGGCACUCACCCGAUGCUAUUAUGUAUUUCACCAUGAUAUCAGGACUGACACAAGCAGGGCGGUUGGAGGAUGCUAGCUCCAUGACAUCGUCCAUGAAGAAAGCAGGCUUUCAGCUCGAUGCAAAAGCAUACAAUAUUUUGAUUGGUGGAUUUUGUAGGAAGAGGAGGCUGCGUGAGGCUCAUGAGUUGCUUGGGGAGAUGAAGGAAGCUGGUCUACGGCCAGAUGUGUACACCUACAAUACAUUCUUGUCUGGUUUGUGCAAAGCAGGAGAUUUCUCGGCUGUGGAUGAACUACUGGGGAAGAUGAUCGAUGAUGGUUGCGGGCCUUCUGUGGUAACCUUUGGUACACUUGUACAUGGAUAUUGCAAAGCUGGUAAAAUUGAUGAGGCGUUGAAGAUUUUCCGGUCUAUGGAUGAAUCUGGUAUUCAGCCCAACACCGUGAUUUACAAUACUUUGAUUGACUUUCUCUGCAAGAGCAGAGAUGUAGGUUUAGCAGUUGCACUGUUUGAUGAAAUGAGCGAGAAGCGUGUGCCUGCAAAUGUUACAACCUUCAAUGCAAUGUUCAAGGGGCUUCGUGAUAAGAACAUGGCUGGAAAGGCUUUUGUGCUCAUGGACCGCAUGAGGGAGGAGAGGUGCACCCCGGAUUAUGUGACCAUUGAUGUUCUCAUGGAAUGGCUGCCUGUCAUUGGUGAAACAGAACGAUUAAAGGAUUUUAUGCAGCAAAGGGCACCGAAAAGGACAAUUUCAUAAGAAUAUGCUUAGUUGGCAGCAUGAACACUGUCAUGCUCAGAGGAUGCAGGCAUGAGUUUGCUUCAGAUUAACCAAGAAUUGCAAUUCUAAGCUGUAACUUGUGGUGAGAAGAUAUCAAUCGGUUAGAAAACCAGCUUCUGAAGACUAGCUGAUCUAAUAUAAUUGCCGCCCUUGUGAUUAGAAUCUGCACUCUUCAAUCGCGAUCUGCCAGUAAUACAUUUAGUUUUAGGCAAUACUGAAUUCUGCACAAUAUCAUCAUCACAUGUGUCAGCUGGUAAACAUCCUGAUGUUGCUAAUCAGGGCAAUGUUUGACGGGCACACAUCAGUUCCUUUUCCUGGUGCUUGCAGUCGAGAGUUACUUGAAGAAUGCAGAAAGUAGGUACUUUAAGGCCUAAUCACUUUAAUGCUCAACUGCUCAAUAAAUUGUAGAAGAACAAACCAAGAAUGCUUGUCAUGGAACCAUCUACAUCAGAUGAUGCCUUUUAUUUUUGAUUAGAUAAAGUUGACAGUGUGGUUAAAAAAAGUUUAUAGUUGCACCUGGGAAAGAACACAAACUUGGGCAUGUAAAAUAGUGUAUUCCAUGUCAAAAAAAUUGUGAGACUCCACAAAGAAGAAUACUCUCUUUACAUUAGCUGUAUUACAAUUUCAGAUUUUAUCUAUUAGUAUGAUGUCUCAAAAGAUUAUCUGUAAGAAAAAUUUAUUGUGUGUAUGCACCAUAAUUGAGUCCCGAUGGUAAAAUCAUAUAUGUGCAGAUUUACUGAAACUUGUUUAGAACUCUAUAUGAAGAAUCUAAAUUUCUAUUA